UUCGGCUUCCUGAGCCGCGGCGGGCGUUGCUGCAUUAGGCUGCGAGCCAGGCCGGGGCAGCGGUGGGCGGUGGUUGGGGUGCUGGGGUUCGGUUGUUGCAGUCGCGAUGUUUUUCUCCGAGGCCAGAGCCAGGUCGCGGACGUGGGAAGCCAGUCCCUCGGAACACAGGAUGUGGGUGGAAGUAUUUAAGGCAUGUGAUGAAGAUCACAAAGGAUAUCUCAGCAGAGAGGACUUUAAAAUUGCUGUCGUAAUGCUGUUUGGAUACAAGCCCUCCAAGAUAGAAGUGGAUUCUGUGAUGUCUUCAAUAAAUCCAAAUACUUCUGGUAUAUUACUCGAGGGGUUUUUAAAUAUUGUCAGGAAAAAGAAGGAAGCUCAACGGUAUCGGAAUGAAGUAAGACACAUCUUCACAGCCUUUGACACAUACUAUCGUGGAUUUUUAACUUUGGAAGAUUUCAAAAAAGCAUUUAGGCAGGUGGCUCCCAAGUUACCGGAAAGGACUGUUCUUGAAGUAUUCAGCAUAGUGUCAUGAUCCAGGAAGGAAAUCUACAGUUAACUAUGGGUCCUUCCACACCCGUGACAGUGGACUGUAAAGUCGGGGGAGCGCUUGCACACCAGGCAGGUGCAUACAAGCAUUUAUGAGUAGCAGCAAGAGAGGAAUAGGAAGAAAGAAUAACUUCUUCAGAUACUUACGUGUGACCCAAGGGAAAAUGAAGCUUUAGUAAUAUUUAGCAUGGACGCUGGUGUCCUCACAUGGUCUGCAUUUCAGACGAACACAGGUUACAUGUGAUUCUUGAGUUGUCUGGAGAGAGCAGUUGGAGUUGCCUGAUGGUAGCCCCCUCAUUCCCUUGCUUUCAAAGCCACUGACACAUGUUGCUGUUCACACAUACCUGAUAAAGUGGAUUUAAAGAUUAUAUUAUGUGGUUCUUAUGAACGAGUCCUGACAAAAUGGACAAGUGGCUUAAAAGCAGUCUCUGUUAGGAAACUGCAGAUUGAAGGUAAUAUUAAUAGUGCAAGCACAUGCUGAUGUGGGAACACAGCAGAGCUGUCUCUUCUCUGACUCCCAGCAUGAGCUCUUCAUCAACCCUGUUAACAGGUGUAUUCAUUAGUGUUCAGCACACUAGUGAGAGCCAGAAAACCCAAAAGAACAGAAACUCAGAAAAUACAGAAAUUCAUUUCUCUGUCAUAUAAACAUCGGCAAACCAGGGAUGAAUGUUGACCACACAGUCGGGAAGGAUCCAGAUUGCCCGUUUUCUUGUUGCUCUGGCUGUAUCAACACCUGGCUUCUCCCUCUUGCUCCAAGAUGGUUGCUUAAGUUUCAGCAGUCAAAUCUGAAUUCCAGCUGGUUAGGAGAAAAAGAAAGCAGCAGGUAUGCACUCCUUUUCAGGACAUAUAUUUUUUCCACUUACAACCCAGUGACCAAAACUUAGUUCCAAGGUCAUGCACAGCUGCAAAGGGGAAGAGUUUUGGAAAAGGUAGUCUUUGCUCUGGGCAAUGAUGUGCCCACGAAUAGAGGUUUUGAUACCAAGGAAGAGGGAGAGAGAAUGGAUAUUGGGGGACAUCUCGCAGAUGUUCCCAUUUGGGAUAAAAGUAACUUAAUGAAAUACGACCAGAGCCAGCCCUUCUCAAUAGAAAUUAUUAAAUAAGUUAUUUGAAUGAAGAUUUGCAGUCAUUAUCAUUAACAGUGACAUAUAUGAAAUUCAUUUGCUGUAUCGUUGACAAGCAAGCUACUAAGCAAGCUAUUGAAGAAGAGCAAAGAAGUUAAAGCCAGAUGCAUACACAAUGCUUAUAGGAAAAUAUUACUUAGUUGAUUUUGUAAAAGCAAAUCCUUUAAAAUGUAGCAUCUUUGUAUUUUGUGAUGAGAUAGGUAAUGAAUAUCAGUAUACUUUUACCAUACAAAAGUUGUUUUUAACAAAGGAACUAAAAAUUGAUACUCAUUUUCUUUUUACAAAAAGACAAGUUGUCCAAAUUUGAUGAACUUUAUGUGUUAAAUGGUUUUAGUAGAUACUACCUUAUAUAGAUUUUUGAGAAAUAUAUUUAAAUGUAGCCAUUCAGGCAAUGUUUUAAUGAUGAAUGAGAAAAUAACACCUUCUUAGAAGAAAAGCUGUGCUAUAGGGAGAACAUUUUUGAAAUAGAUGUUUGAAAAUGUUACUUUAUUUUAAAACAUAAUGUAUGUCACCUAUUAAAAUUCAUAUCUGCACGUUUGGUAUAUUUAAAAUGGAAUGUCCUGGCCAGGCAUAGUGGCUCAUAC